UUGAAAUGUCACUUUAUCACCUUGCGGAAGCACAGCGCCUGGAGGUCCCCCAUUAACUUCCUCUCUGGGAAGAGAACACCCCCCUUCACUUCAGUGCAACAGGAAGGAGGUGUCUCAUCCCCCUGCACUGCACCCGCAGGCUUCCCAGUGCUGAGAACAAAGGAAGCCGAUUGUGUUAGUAUUUCCUGUGGGUUCAUUUGGGGGCCAGCGCUGGGUAACAGUUCUGGCCUGGUGGAGACUCACAGGUGCUCUCCACCUCAUUGGACCCCCGCUCUGGAUCCCCGUGGCCACAGAGUAUCCAUCUCCCCCCUGCCCCUCCCCACGUCUAGGCAAGGUGCAGCCUCUGGACUUCUGCAAUCUUAGCUGCUGUGACUGCGCUUCCGUUCCCCGGGUGGCCCUGCCUGCUCCCUACUGCGUGGCACCUCGUUAAAGCAGCUUCCUCCUGCAGGCUGGCCACCAUGGUGCCCUCGGGGCUGCUGCCUGGGGCCUGCCAGACUUCACUCAUCUCCCUGCUUCUGGUCUGCUGUCUGCUGCUCCCAGGUGCCCAAGGGCAGCAAUUCCCUCUGCGGGUGGAGCCCCAGGACCCGGUGGUGCCUACUGGAGGGUCCCUUUUGGUCAACUGCACUACAAAUUGUCCCCAUGCUGAACUUCUCACCCUGGAGACAUCCCUAAUCAAGAAACCGGUGGGCAAUGGCAUGGGCUGGACAGCCUUCCAGCUCAGCGGCGUGACUGGUGACAGCCAGGUCCUCUGCUCUGGCUACUGCAACGGCUCCCAAGUUACAGGCUCAUCAAGCAUCACAGUGUACGGGGUCCCGGAGCGCGUGGAGCUGGCCCCCCUGCCCGAGUGGCUGCCGGUGGGUGAGAACUUCACCCUGCGCUGCCGGGUGGAGGGCGGGGCGCCCCGGACGAACCUCACGGUGGUGCUGCUCCGUGGGGAGGAGGAGCUGAGCCGGCAGCCGGCGGUGGGGGAGCCCGCCGAGGUCACGGCCACGGUGCGGGCGGGCAGAGACGACCACGGCGCCAGUUUCUCGUGCCGCACGGAACUGGACCUGCGACCCCGAGGGUUGGGGCUGUUCCUGAACAGUUCGGCCCCCAGGCAGCUCCAAACCUUCGCCCUGACCAUGCCGCUCCUCGAUGUCUCCCCGUUGUUGGAGGUGGAAACCUCGUGGUCCGUAGACUGCAUUCUCACCGGGCUGUUCCCGGCCUCUGAGGCCCAGGUCCAGGUGGCGCUGGGAGACCAAAUGUUGAAUGCCACAGUCGAGAGCCAUGGGGACAAUCUCACGGCCACAGCCACAGCCACAGCGAGUGCGGAGCAAGAGGGCACCCGGCAGAUUGUCUGCAACGUGACCCUGGGAGGCGACAGCCGGGAAACCCGGAAGAACGUUACCAUCUAUAGCUUCCUAGGGCCCAUCCUGAACCUGAGCGAGCCCACCGCCCCCGAGGGGACCACAGUGACUGUGACUUGCGCGGCUGGAGCUCAAGUCCAGGUCACACUAGACGGAAUUUCGUCCGCGGGCCCGGGGCAGCUCGCCCAGCUUCAGCUAAAUGCCACCGAGGAGGACGACAGGCGCAGCUUCUUCUGCAAUGCCACUCUUCGAGUGGAUGGGGGGAUAUUUCACAGGAACAGGAGCGUCCAAUUGCGUGUCCUUUACGGUCCCAAGAUUGACCGAACCAAAUGUCCCCAGAGUGUGACAUGGCAAGAGAAGACUACUCAUGUCCUGCAGUGCCAGGCCCGGGGCAACCCGGACCCUCAGCUGCAGUGUAUGAAGGAAGGCUCCACGGUCAAGGUGCCCGUUGGGACCCCAUUCUUUGUCAAGUUAAAACAUAAUGGUACCUACAGUUGCCGGGCGAACAGCUCACUGGGCGAGUACAGUCUGACCGUGGUGAUGAACGUUCAGGAUCGGAAUCCCAUCGCCGUGAGCAUAGGCAUGGGGGUGUUAGUGAUCCUGGGCCUGGUGAUGAUCUUUGCGGCCUUAGCGUACGUCUUCGGGAUGAAGAAGCGGAGUGACAGCUACCACGUGAAUCAGGGGAGCACCUGGUUGCCCCUCACGUCGAAACAGCCAAACGAGGAUGUGGGGGAGGAGCCAUCCUGAGCCUAAGGCCGCCAGGACACUAGGCUAACAAGGACAGGGGUUUCGCUGUAUGUCCGAGUUACGCAUCAAUAAAGCCGUCAAAAUCCGGA